GGAGCGCAUCUCCAUACGACACUUACGCCAAAAUAACUACCAGGAGCGCAUGAAUAGUAGGGCACAAUGUGCGGCCCAAUAUUUCUCAUGUUUAUGGCGAACCUCGCUGCAAUCGUUCUGCUUGUACUAGUGACGUUCUCAACGCCCUUUAUCGGCGCUUUCUACUUCCUGCGCACCGACUUCGCCGGCGGGAUCAAGUUUGGGCUUCUCGGGUUUUGCAACGACCUCACGGGUACUUGCACGGCGAAAGCACUAGGAUACCAUCAUGAACCGCAAAUAACCAACCCGCUGACUACCGUACUGGUCUUGUACCCCGUUGCUGCCGGGCUCACGUUGCUCGGGGCGCUUAUCCUGAUACCCGCCAUUUUCUCUCGUAGAGACCGCGGAUAUCCAUACGUCCUGUUUGCGCUGCUAUCAACGUUCGCGUUCCUAGCAUGCGCCGGAGGCUUCGGCGUCACGAUGUACCUCUUCACCGUUGCCAGGGAUCGCUUCCACGCGGAAGGGUUCUCCGCGUCUUACGGACCAUCGGUGUGGAUCGCGCUUUCCGCCACAGCGCUCCUGCUCUUCAUCGCGCUCAACGCCGGGUGCGGAACAUGCAUGGGCGGGCGACUCGGACGCCAAGCGCGCCACCUUGUAUACACCUACUGA